CUUAACCUCACUGUCACUCUUCACACAAUCCAAUGAACUGUUGCAUCGAUCCAUUACAUCGAUCAUGAUGUUUUGCAUUAAUCCAAUUAAAGCAGGUCUUAUUCAUCUGUUUCCGUUUCGUGUUUUGGCGGGAAAGUGAAAGUGGUAGAUUGAUUCUUUGGAGUGGUAAAAUGGCACAAGAAUGUCCAGCUUGGUUGGAUGAGACUUUUCUGGCCUCAGCACUGCAAAGUGAAGAUGGAAGUCAAGUGACAAUCGUCAAGUUCUCUGUCAAGCCAGCUGUAGCAGCAGGUGACAACUACAUGAGUCACAUGUACAGGGUCAGAGUGGAGUAUACUGUUGCAGAGUCAGAGUCAGGUCUACAGACCACUUCACUUAUCGUUAAGAUACCCAUCUCGAAAGGUGCCAUCAUGGAUGUUUUAGACAGUUCUGAUUUUUAUGCUAAGGAACCAAGAAUAUACAAUGAACUCUUGCCAAAAUUUAGAAAACUAGUCAACUGUGAGUUUGGUCCAACCGUUUAUAACUGCCCAAUAGAAAAUGGAAUGAUCCUACAGGAUUUGAAUGCAUUAAACUAUAUCAUGUGUGAUAAAAUGAAGCAGCUCGAUUUCUCUCAUUGCAAACUCGUCUACAAAACUUUGGCAAAGUUCCAUGCAUCAUCUGUGGCGUGCUAUCAUAAUGACCCUGAAUUGAUCAAAGGACUUGGGGAAGAUAAGAUGCGCUCAAGUAGAAGCGAAAUGUUUCAUUCUUUUAUAAAAUCUGCCAUAAAGCACAUCAGAAAGUAUCUUGAUGAGGCGGAAGGUUGCAAAUAUGCUAAAGAAUUUCUACUGAACAGGGCUGAUCAUGUAUCAGAAUCAAUAACGAAUAUGUUACAGCCCAAGAUGAACGGCUUGAAUGUCCUAAAUCAUGGAGACUUGUGGAUAAACAACUUGUUGUUCAAGUACUCCAACUCUAAAGAAGUAGAGGACGUGAAGUUCAUUGAUUUUCAAAACACAAGGUGGGGAUCUAUGGUGCCAGAUUUGAUCUAUUUCCUGUGGACGAGUGCGAACGAGGAAGUGCGAGAGCACAAACAGAAUGAGCUGUAUUCGUACUACCGAGAGUCUCUCAACUCCAACCUAGAGCAGCUGGGAUGUCCAGAGCGUCUGUCUGCACAAGAAUUAGAAGACGAUCUUCGAGCAGCUUCUGACUUUGUGCUUGUCAUCAUCAGCGGAACUGUUCCAUUUGUUUUGAGUGGACCUGAAGACACCGUCAACAUGGAGAAUCUGUCAUCAGAUGAAAUCAAAAGUUUUGAUAUAUGUUAGAACACUUAUUUAAUAGUAAAAGUUUCCAAGAAACCCUUCCAAAGAUGAUAAAACAGUUUGAAAACUGGAUUGCCCCCAACUCAGGGUAGUUAGAUUAGAAUGUGUUGAUACACCAUUUAUGAUUUUUUUUAUAAUGAAACAAAACAAAUAUUUUUUUCUUAUUAUAUCCAAUUAAUACAAAGGUUGAGUAGUCUUGUAGAAAUAUAUUAAUUUUGGAAAAAUACUUAGCAAAGAAAUUGGGCAGAAGUUUUAUUUCGUUUUUUAUAUCGGAUGAUUGGAAAAUUCUGAACACCUUAGCUAACUAAAGAGUAUUUGGGAAAUUUCCUUAAUUAAUAGUUAAGUUCAUCACAUGUAUAUGUUAAUGUUAUUCUUAAGAAAUAUGGCUGAAACGCUGUCAUGACCCGGAACAGACCCACCACGCAAGUGUCAAAUAAUGUCUUCUACAGUGACAGACCGUAAAGUAAAAUUAGUCUAAAGUCUGUAAUCAUAGUCAAUCACAAGUGGGUUUCCAGCAGCGUUUAUCUUUCUAGCUAACUGUGCAUUUUGAUUGCGUUAAUUCUCAGUCAUUACCAGUUGAAAGGCAUCAAUACUCAUUCCUUCCCACUCCCCCCUCAGCCAGCACAAUAACAUAUAAAUCAAUAACUAGGUAGAUUAGUAGUUGGUAUAUAUUCUUAGAAUAAAUGUGGAUAUUAAUAUAGAAUAUUUUAAGGUUGUCCAUACUGGAGGAGCUUUCAAAAUAACUCAAGUAAAAAUGUAUUAUUUAGGAGAAUCUACUUCUAAACAGUGGUUGGAAUCAAAAUAGUUUUCAAUGUUGCCAUGAACAUCCAUACAACAGCCUACCAGCCCAGACAAGAAAGUAGAUUAAAAAUAAGGUGCUAAAAGAUAUAAUAAAGUAUUUUAGUUCACAAAUUACAAAGAAUAUAAAAAAUAACAAAGUUAAAAUUAAUAUAAAUAAAAAAAUAUAAAACAAAAAGCAAAAAUAAACAAAAACAAUAAAACAGAAAUUAUCCCAUUGUGUUUAUUCUUGAAAAUUUUGUGAAUUGUUUGUUGAACACUACACAAAUACCAAAUAUAAAAACACAGUUAUAAACAAAUCAAAUAUACAUACAUACUCAUAAGCAGACACAAUGUUAGACAUAACAGUGAGUAUGAGAUUAAAUUUAUAUCAAAAGGUAUUUAUCAUUUAUAUAUUGUUAUAUAAAUUUCCUUUGAGUAAUUUCUGUAUCUCGAAUUAUUGAAUUUUAUUACACCAUACAAUGAGAAAUGUAUUCCUAUAGAUGUAAUCUUGAUGUUUUGUAGCGAUACACUUUACAGAUUAAUGAAUCCUAGGUAAGAAAAUAGUAUAGCUACAGGACAUGGCAAAAUCUAACAUUUGCAAUGGAGUUAUUAGUCAGUGGUGGCAGACAGACAAACUGAUAAGACUCUAAUUUCUAAUUUUAGAAAUUAUUCUUUAAAUGUUUAUAAGCAGUGCUAAUAGUUUCCUUGUAUUUUUAAUAAAUUUAUAAUUCGUUUGUAGGAAUAAACUCAUACUGUCUACUAGUUGAA